ACUACAGAAUAUGGAGAACUCUAUAUCUGGUAUGAUUGAGGAACAAAACGAGUACGUCGGCUAUAAUUCCGAUGACUCUGAAAUGGAGGAAAAUUUGCAGCACGAAGACGGCUGGAGCGAAGACGAGUUUGAUAUUGCGUACGAUGAAUUUGAUAAUGAUGAGAACCAUGGUAAACACAUAGACGAUCAAAAUGAUGAGAACCAUGGUGAACACACAGACAGUCUAAAUACUAGUGAGGCACAAUUUGACACGCAGCUUGAGUACGACUAUUACGGUGAAUCUGACUUGGACACGGGUCAUACUGAUGAUGUGGAAGGUGCAUCAGUUCCUGAGGAUUCUGUUGACAUGAGCCAGGCGAUGCCAAGCGCUAGUCAGCCUGAGAAAACACAGAAAGGUAGCAAUGGCAAUGAAUAUCCUGAUAAUAAUCGGGAUUUAUACUGGAUGAUAAAAGAGAUGACUUUUAUUUCUGAAGCAGCAGCAUUUUCUUUCUACAACAGAUAUGCUAAAGAUUGUGGGUUCAGCGUCCGGCUGGACCAGGUUAAGCGGUUUGAUGAUGGAGUAAUUCGGCUAAGGCGUUUUGUGUGUUCCAGAGAAGGCAGACGUUCCAAAAAGCAACUGACCAUGGAAGGCCGCGUAUAUAGGCUCAGACCUGAGUCUCGCUGCGGCUGCAAGGCACGUUUGGUGGUGAAGUUUGAUGGAAGAACUAGUUUCUGGGUUGUUGAAGAUUUUCGAGACAAACAUAACCAUGACCCAGCUGAACCAUGUGAGACUCCGUUUCUUCGGUCCCAUAGGACGAUCAACGACGCGCAGAGAUCUGAGAUAUUAUCACUGGGAUCCAUGGGGGUCAGGAAGCACCUCAUUAUGAGAAAAUUCAUUGCAGGCUCCGGUUCAUUUGCCGGUGUUGGAUUCACAAGAAAAGAUUUGUACAACAUGUGCUCUAGGGAGAGGAGGAGGCUGCUUUUCGACGGUGACGCUACCACAGCCAUCCGCAUUAUGGCAAAGAGGAAAAAGAGGGACCCUGAAUUUUUCUAUGAAUAUGACGUUGAUGACAAAGGCCGUCUGAAGCACAUGUUCUAG